GGCUGCUGCUGUCGGCUCGAGUGCCGGGAUUGCUAGCUACCAGUUGCGCCCGCAGCUGCUGCCGGCGGCGUCGGCAGUCGGGGCCCCUGGGGGAACCGGAGGCGGUGGCGCAGGCAACGGAGGCAUGGGUGGGGCUGGAGCUGACCCAUGGGUCACUGAGGCGUUGGGAGACCGACUGGAUGCGUUGUCCGCCGCGGCGGCUGCGGCUGCUGGCAGACGACCCACGGGUCUGGUGGUGGUUGCCAGCCUGCUUGAGAACAUCCCUAACAUGGCCGGACUGUGCAGGACCUGCGAGAGUCUAGGUUGCGAGGCGCUGGUGCUGCCCUCCCGAGCAGUGGUGGCCUCCGAGGCAUUCAAACGCCAGGCGGUCACCAGCGAGCGCUGGCUGCCGCUGCACGAGGUGGCCCCGCCCGACCUUCCUGCAUACCUGGCGGAGGCGCGCGCGCGGGGCUACUGGCUGGUGGGGGUGGAGCAGGCGGCGGGCAGUGUGGCGCUGCAGGCCUUCACCUUCCCGCAGCGCACGCUGCUGCUGCUGGGGAACGAGCAGAGCGGCGUGCCGCAGUCACUCAUCGGGGCGAUGGACGCGUGUGUGGAGAUCCCCAUGUUGGGCGUCACACGCUCCCUCAACGCGCACGUGAGCGGGGCGAUGGCGGUGUGGCAGUACGUGCAGCAGCAGCAGCAGCAGCGAUAACAGGGACACUGGCCAAGCAACAACAACAAUAACAGUGUCGAUACAUGGCGAUGCCUUCAACUACAAGGACGACAGCAGUGAGGUUAAGGAUUAACGGCACCGGCAGGAUCAGUCAGGCGGUGGUGGCGGCAGCAGCCGCAGC